AUACGAACUCCCCCGUGAGUCCGUGACCCUGAAAAACCCUCUCAAAGCUUGGUUUUGGUCUCCCUCCACUCUCCGACUCCUCUCUCUCUCUCUCUCCCGAAAUGGUCCAAUUCCACGAGCACAUCAUAACCGAACUCCUCGACGAUCCUCAAAACGGCAGCGGCCUCGUCGUUCUCUCCUCCGGCCUCUCCCUCCCCAGACUCAUCGCCGCCCUCCUCCUCCUCCACACUCCUUCUCAGGGCACCCUCCUCAUCCUCUCCCCCCACCAACCUUUCUUCAAAUCCCAACUCCUCCACCACUUCCACCCCAACCCCAUCCCCGAAAUCUCCGCCGACCUCCCCUCCCACCACCGCCACUCCCUAUACACCUCCUCCAAUGUCUUCUUCAUCACUCCCCGCAUCCUCAUCGUCGACCUCCUCACCAGCAAAUUACCCACCUCCCAAAUCGCCGGAAUCAUCAUCCCCACCGUUCAUUCCCUCACUGAAACCUCCACCGAAGCAUUUAUCGUCCGGAUUUUCCGCUCCCUCAACAAAACGGCGUUUGUUCGCGCGUUUUCUGACAAACCCCAUUCCAUGGUUUCUGGGUUUGCCAAGGCGGAGAGGAUUAUGAAGUGCUUGUACCUCCGGAAGAUGCACCUCUGGCCGAGGUUCCAUGUGGAUGUGUCGCAGGAGCUGGAGAGGCAGCCGCCGGAGGUGGUGGAUAUACGGGUGCCAAUGACCAAACACAUGGUGGGAAUUCAGAAGGCGAUAAUUGAGGUGAUGGAUGCUUGCUUGAAGGAGAUGAGGAAGACCAAUAAGGUUGAUGUGGAGGAUUUGACGGUGGAGAACGGGUUGUUUAAGUCGUUUGAUGAGAUUGUGAGGAGGCAAUUGGACCCCAUUUGGCAUACCUUGGGGAAGAAGACUAAGCAGCUCGUCUCCGAUUUAAAGACUCUUAGAAAGCUCUUGGAUUAUCUUGUCAGAUAUGAUGCGGUAACUUAUUUGAAAUACUUGGAUACACUACGCGUGUCAGAGAGUUUUCGAUCAGUCUGGAUAUUUGCAGAGUCAAGCUAUAAGAUAUUUGAGUAUUCAAAGAAAAGGGUGUAUCGGUUUGUGACAUCAGAUGGUGUGAAAUUAAGUGAUAAGAGUAAAAGUUCGAAAGGCAAGAAAAGAAAACUGAAAGGGGAUGAUGAUAAUGAGCAAGUUGGAGGCACAUCGUCGACCAGUACAAGUAGUAGGAUAGUUUUAGAUGAAGUUUUAGAGGAGGCACCAAAGUGGAAGGUUUUACGUGAGGUUCUUGAAGAGAUAGAAGAGGAAAGGCGACAGGCUUCGUCAAGAGAGGAACUUUUGGUUGAAGGUGAUGACGAUUAUAGUGGUAUUGUUCUAGUGGCAUGCAAAGAUGAACGUUCAUGCAUGCAGCUUGAAGAUUUCAUCACCAAUGGACCACAGAAGGUCAUGCGGGAGGAAUGGGAAAACUACUUGCUAGGAAAGGGAGAGCUCCGUGACUUGCAUACACGGUAUAAAAAGAAAUCAAAGAAUCCCAAAGGUUUUGGGGUUCUAGAUGGAGUUGUUCACGUAGCACCCCCACAGAAUGCAGAAGCUAGCAGCGUAAACAAGCAGGAACACGAUGCCCUUUUGGCUGCAGCUGCUGAAAUUAGAAAGCGAGCUAAAAAAGAUGAUGCUGUUGGAGAUGAUCCUCAGCUUCUUGUUAGUGGGAGAGGACAUGGAAGGGGAAAGGGAAGGGGAAAAGUAGUUCCUUCAAAAUCCCCACAGAAUGCAGAAGCUGGCCGUGGAAACAACCAGGAACAUGAUGUGCUAUUGGCUUCAUCGUUAGAAAUUCAAAGGAAAGCCGAAAAAGAUGAUGCUGUUGGAGCUAAUCCUCCUCUUCUUGUUAGUGGCAAAGGACGUGGAAAGGGUAGGGGAAAAGUAAGGACCAAAAACAGCCUUGCCAAGGUUAAAUGUUUGGAUAAAGCCAGUAAUAAUGAUAAAAAAGAAUUCAUACCUGAUGAUCUUGUUAUACCGGAUUCAGAGGAUGAAGGACAAGAAUAUGAACUCAAUCAGGUGGUGACUGCUGAUUCUACUGAACCUACAUGCCAGAUUGACCCUGUAGAUGAAGGGGUGUUGAGGAAGCAUACUGGAGUAGCGGAUUCAACUGGAACAAUAAAUGCUAAGCCACUACCUCCAGUUCACUUUUAUGCUCUUGAAAGUGGUCAACCUAUACUGGACAUUUUGAGACCCUCUAUUAUCAUUGUUUACCACCCAGAUAUGACUUUUGUCAGAGAAAUUGAAGUUCAUAAAGCUGAGAACCCCUCAAAGAAGUUGAAAGUUUAUUUUAUUUUCUAUGAAGAUUCUUCUGAGGUGCAAAAGUUUGAGGCGAGUAUAAGAAGGGAAAAUGGAGCGUUUGAAUCUUUGAUUAGGCAGAAGUCACUAAUGAUGAUACCAGUUGACCAGGAUGGGAACUGCUUGGGAUUGAAUUCUUCCCAAGAACCGCAAGCUUUGUCAUCCCAAAAUUCUUUAACCAGAAAAGCGGGGGGAAGAAAGGUUGCUGAGAAGGAAAUGCAGGUCAUAGUGGAUAUGAGAGAGUUCAUGAGCAGCCUUCCAAAUGUUCUUCACCAGAAAGGCAUGCGCAUAAUACCCGUAACUUUGGAAGUUGGGGAUUAUAUCCUUUCUCCACUGAUAUGUGUGGAGAGAAAGAGUAUCCAAGAUCUCUUUAUGAGUUUCACAUCAGGUCGUCUUUAUCACCAAGUGGAAACAAUGGUUCGAUACUAUAGAAUACCUGUUCUUCUGAUUGAAUUUUCACAGGAUAAAAGUUUCUCCUUUCAGUCCGCAAGUGAUAUUGGUGAUGAUGUCACACCAAAUAGUAUUAUAUCUAAGCUGUCGUUGCUUGUUCUACACUUCCCCCGGUUGCGAAUCAUUUGGUCUCGCAGUCUGCAUGCUACUGCUGACAUAUUUGCUACUCUUAAGGCAAAUCAGGAUGAACCUGAUGAGAGCAAAGCAACUAGAGUUGGUGUACCCUCUGAAGAUGGAAUUGUGGAGGAUGAUGUGAGGGCUGAAAACUACAAUACAUCUGCGGUGGAGUUUUUGAGACGACUCCCUGGUGUUACAGAUUCAAAUUACAGGGCCAUAAUGGAUGGGUGUAAGAGCUUGGCAGAACUCGCUCUUAUGCCGGUGGAGAAGCUAGCGGAACUAAUGGGCGGUCAGACUGCUCGCACUCUCAGAGACUUUCUUGAUGCCAAGUAUCCAACCUGUUAUGAAGAUUAGCAGUCAUCAUAAUACAUAUCUAAUGUAUUCAUUGGUGUAUCAUUGCAGUGAUUAUUUAGCUUACGAUUUUGUCAUUUGAAUAUUGUUGUUGGGUUUAAUUCUUUUUCAUUUGGCAAUUCAUUGUAUAAUUUGUUGUAAGCACAGGAUAUUUAUGAGGAAACUUGUUGAACACCGAGGAUUUUGAUUGCGA